UUAAUACCGUAAUGUACCGCAUGUUUGAUAUCCAAUCGCGCAGCAUGGCAGAUCUGUCUUGAAUCGAGUCGAAUCGCUCUCCCACUCUGUCACAACAACCACAAGAUCAAUCUCCUGUCUCGUCCACCAUGUUCUACGUGACAACUCUUGAGCACGAGAUUGUGCUGGAGCCUGUGUACUUUGGACCAAAACUCAGGGCCACCAUUGUCCGGUUACUCAAAGAAGAAGUAGAAGGAUUGGCGCUGGCAACCUAUGGCUAUGUAGUAAAUGUGAUUGAGGUACUCGAAGAUCAAAUCAAAUCUGGGAUUAUUGAAUACGAUACAGGGGAUGUGGUGUUCACUGUGAAAUACACAGCACUGUUGUUGCGGCCCUUCAUCAACGAAGUGCUAGAUGCCACCGUGUCACAGUGCAACUCGCUAGGAUUCUUUGCCUUUGUGGGUCCACUUCGUAUUUUUGUGUCCAAACAUUCCAUGCCAGAAGACAUGUUCAAUGGAUAUGAUGGGGAAAAGGAUGCAUGGAUCAGUGACGAUAAGGAAGUGAUUAUUUCCUCAGGUUGUGGUGUACGUCUCAAAAUCAAGGGUCGGACCGUAGAAUCAGGCAAUAUCACAGCCAUCGGUACCAUCAAAGACAAUUACCUUGGUUUGGUGGAUGACGGUGAGGCAGCCAAUUAAACAAUAAACAAAAUUAGAUGGAUUGAUGGCAGCAUUUUAUACACAUUCAGAGCAGUUUCUGUUUUCACGACAGUGAGCCAAUUGGGAUGAUUUGGUUACACUGGAUUAUCUCCUCGGUGGGCCCUACUUCAUGUUGCUGCCAUAGCUACAGUCAGAGGGCCCAAGAGUAGCGAUGACCUACCAAAAAUCAAAAGUAAAUAAAAUCGAACCGUAUACCGUACUACAACAAUAAUGUGGAUCUCUUUAUCCAUCUCUUCCAGCUGGAA